AUGUCUAACGUCGGGGCCCAGGGAAGAAAGAAAAUGGGUUUUAACAUUCACGAAUUUUCAAGCAUGCGCUUACAUUUGAUCCAUCCCGCAAUUAAACCCAGUGGACCGUGUCAUGGCAUGAAAGUACAGUUCCUUGAUCCAUCCAGGACCCUCACUUGAAAGGUUUUGGUAAAAAUUAAUGUAGCAGCCGGUUGAGGAAUCGGGAAAAGAGGAGUCUUCUGUAUUAGUUGGAUGCAAGGCAAGACUGGAAAUGUUAUUACUAAAAGAAAUAUUUAUUUAUUUAUAUAUCCGUAUGGGAACCGAGGGAGAUGACUGGGACCUCUAGGUUAGAAAUGGAGAUGGCAAAAGGCCAAAACAGCAUUGUACGCAGAUGCAUCGAACAUAGACAGCUCCAUCUUCGCAACAACAACCAUCAUUCUAGAGGUUAUGGAAAUCAUCAUCCUCAAAAGCGUAAUAACUCCACUUCUCUUGCUUUCUGGCUUUUGCUUUGGAUUUUGCACUCCUAUUGACACCAUUACAUCCACCCAAUUCAUCAAAUGCCCUGAAACUCUAGUCUCUAAUGGAAGUGCCUUCAAACUGGGUUUCUUUACCCCUGCUGAUUCAACCAACCGCUAUGUUGGCAUCUGGUACAGCACCCCUUCUUUAUCUACUGUCAUAUGGGUGGCAAACAGGGACAAACCCCUCACUGAUUUCUCUGGGAUUGUGACCAUAUCUGAAGAUGGUAAUCUUCUGGUUAUGAAUGGCCAGAAAGUGAUUGUCUGGUCCUCGAAUCUUUCAAAUGCAGCACCGAAUUCAAGUGCUCAGCUUUUAGAUUCUGGAAACCUUGUUCUGCGAGAUAACAGCGGAAGGAUCACAUGGGAGAGCAUCCAACAUCCUUCUCAUUCAUUUUUGCCAAAGAUGAAAAUCAGCACGAAUACACAUACUGGUGAGAAGGUAGUACUAACAUCAUGGAAAUCUCCCUCUGAUCCCUCUAUUGGAAGCUUCUCUGCAGGAAUAAAUCCUCUAAACAUCCCUCAAGUAUUCGUCUGGAAUGGCAGUCAUCCAUAUUGGCGAAGUGGUCCAUGGAACGGUCAGAUCUUUAUUGGAGUACCCGAAAUGAAUUCAGUUUUCCUCAAUGGAUUUCAGGUGGUUGAUGAUAAGGAAGGUACUGUUUAUGAAACUUUUACUCUGGCCAAUUCGUCUAUCUUUUUAUACUAUGUCUUGACUCCGGAAGGAACAGUAGUGAAAACAUAUAGAGAGUUUGGGAAGGAGAAGUGGCAGGUUGCUUGGAAGAGCAAUAAAAGUGAGUGUGAUGUUUAUGGUACAUGUGGGGCGUCUGGAAUCUGUAGUUCAGGGAAUUCACCAAUUUGCAACUGUCUGAAAGGGUACAAGCCAAAGUACAUGGAGGAAUGGAGUAGAGGAAAUUGGACUAGGGGAUGUGUGAGGAAGACACCAUUACAAUGUGAAAGAACAAACAGCAGCGGUCAACAGGGCAAAAUAGAUGGCUUUUUUAGGCUGACAUCGGUAAAAGUGCCAGACUUUGCAGAUUGGUCGCUUGCUCUUGAAGAUGAAUGCAGAAAGCAGUGCUUCAAGAAUUGUUCCUGUGUAGCUUAUUCAUAUUAUAGUAGCAUUGGUUGUAUGUCAUGGAGUGGAAACAUGAUUGAUUCACAAAAAUUCACCCAAGGAGGGGCAGAUCUUUACAUUCGCCUUGCGUAUUCAGAACUAGAUAAGAAGAGAGAUAUGAAAGCAAUUAUUUCUGUUACAAUUGUAAUAGGAACAAUUGCCUUUGGCAUCUGCACAUAUUUCUCAUGGAGGUGGAGGGGCAAACAAACAGUGAAGGAUAAAAGCAAGGGGAUUUUACUAUCUGACCGAGGGGAUGUAUAUCAAAUUUAUGAUAAGAAUAUGCUUGGAGACCAUGCAAACCAGGUUAAAUUUGAAGAGUUACCACUUCUCGCCCUUGAGAAGCUGGCAACAGCAACAAACAACUUUCAUGAGGCCAAUAUGCUUGGGCAGGGUGGUUUCGGUCCAGUAUACAGGGGAAAAUUGCCAGGAGGACAAGAAAUAGCAGUGAAAAGACUUUCAAGAGCAUCUGCACAGGGUCUAGAAGAAUUCAUGAAUGAGGUGAUGGUGAUUUCUAAAAUCCAACACCGGAAUCUUGUUAGACUUCUUGGCUGCUGCAUUGAAGGAGAUGAAAAGUUGUUGAUCUAUGAGUACAUGCCAAACAAAAGCUUGGAUGCCUUUCUCUUUGAUCCUCUCAAGCGAGAGUUUUUGGAUUGGAGAAAACGCUUCAGCAUUAUCGAAGGGAUUGGAAGAGGUCUCCUUUACCUUCACAGAGAUUCUAGAUUAAGAAUCAUUCAUCGAGACCUAAAGGCAAGUAACAUUUUGUUGGAUGAAGAUCUGAAUGCUAAGAUUUCAGACUUUGGUAUGGCAAGGAUAUUUGGAAGCAAUCAAGAUCAAGCCAAUACAAUGAGGGUAGUGGGAACGUAUGGCUAUAUGUCCCCUGAGUAUGCAAUGGAAGGACGAUUUUCAGAAAAAUCUGAUGUAUUCAGCUUUGGGGUAUUGCUAUUGGAGAUUGUAAGUGGGAGAAAGAACAAUGGUCAUCAAUAUGAUGAGCAGUAUUUGAGCCUUUUGGUAUAUGCAUGGACACUCUGGUGCAAACACAACAUCAAAGAACUAAUAGAUGAAACCAUGGCAGAAGCCUGCUUCCAAGAGGAGAUAUCAAGAUGCGUACAUGUGGGACUGUUAUGUGUGCAAGAAUCAGCUAAAGACAGGCCAUCCAUUUCAACUGUUCUGUCUAUGCUCUCUAGUGAAAUUGCACAUCUUCCUCCCCCAAAGCAACCUCCAUUCUCUGAGUCUAAUCAACUGAGACAAAAGAAAUGUUCUUCAAGCCAAGUCACUAUUACAGUCAUUCAGGGCCACACCAUUACAUCCACGCACUUCAUCAAAGAUUCUGAAACUAUAGUCUCUAAUGGAAGUCUCUUCAAACUGGGUUUCUUUGGCUCCAGUAAUUCCACCAAACGCUACGGCAAGACUUCUGUAUCCUCUGUGGUAUGGGUUACUAACAGGGACAAGCCCCUUAAUGAUACUUCUAGAAUUGUGAAGAUAUCUGAAGAUGGUAAUCUUCAAAUUUUGAAUGGUGAGAAAGAAGAGAUUCUGGAAGCCUUGUUUGAAAGGCUACAGCAGUGGAAGGAUCAUAUGGGAGAGUUUCCAACAUCCUUCUCAUGCACUUUCGGCAAAUAUGAAACUCUGCACCAACAUGUACACUGUCAUCCAUGUCAUCGCAGUGGUCCAUGGAAUGGUCAGAUCUUUAUUGGAGUAGCCAACAUGAAUUCAUAUGUUGGUAAUGGAUUUCGGGUGGACCAUGAUGAAGAAGGUACUGUUUCUGUAUCUUUCACUACUUCAGAUGAUUUUUUUCCAUUGUACUAUGUCUUGACUCCUAAAGGAACAAUGGAGGAAAUAUAUAGACAGAAGGAAGAUUGGAAGGUCACAUGGGAGAGCAAGCAAACUGAGUGUGAUGUUUAUGCAAGUGUAAGAAGGGAGAAAAUCCUGGAAGUGCCACUUUUUGAAAGAGGGAAUGUACAUCCAAAAUUUUCUGAUGCCAAUAUGCUUGGAAACAAUGUGAAGCAAGUUAAACUUGAAGAGCAACUGCUUAUCGAUUUUGAGAAGCUGGUGACUGCAACAAACAAUUUUCAUGAGGCCAAUAAGCUGGGGCAGGGUGGUUUUGGUUCAGUGUACAGGGUAAUGCUUCUUCAUCUGGAGCUUUAUUGGUGUGAUGGUUUCCAGAGUGAACGCAAGCUGCCUUUUUUGGACUGCCAGCCAUGGUGGGUGGUUGCAUAUAAAAUAAGAUUCCAUGGUUGGAUAAAUCUGAGAGAUGCAACAUUGUCAACAUUCCCAUUUAUUGCACACCAGAUGGAGUCCAUUUCCUCACCAACACGAAGCAUUGAAGCAGCUAUGGAUAUCAUCAGUGGCACAAGUGUUACUGCUCUACUUCUCUUACUUUCUUGUCUUUGUUUUCAGUUUUGCACAGCUACCAACACCAUUACAUCCACCCAGUUCAUCAAAGAUCCCGAAAUUAUGGUCUCGAAUGGAAGUCUCUUCAAAAUGGGUUUCUUUAGCCCUGGCAAUUCCACUAAACGCUACUUUGGGAUCUGGUACAACACCACUUCCCUAUUCACUGUUAUAUGGAUAUCUAACAGGGAAAACCCUCUCAAUGAUUCUUCAGGGAUUGUGAUGGUAUCUGAAGAUGGUAAUCUCCUGGUUCUAAAUGGCCAGAAAGACAUCUUCUGGUCAUCAAAUGUUUCAAAUGCUGCUCCAAAUUCAAGUGCCCAGCUUUUAGAUUCUGGGAACCUUGUUUUGCAUGACAAAAACAGUGGAAGGAUCACAUGGCAGAGUUUCCAGCACCCUUCUCACGCCUUUUUGCAGAAGAUGCAGCUGAGUGAAAACAUGAAGACUGGUGAGAAGAAAGCACUAACAUCAUGGAAAAGUCCUUCGGAUCCAGCUGUUGGAAGCUUCUCAGUUGGCAUUCAUCCAUCAAACAUUCCUGAAAUUUUUGUCUGGAGCAGCAGUCGUCCAUACUUGCGCAGUGGUCCUUGGAAUGGUCAGACCUUAAUAGGAGUACCUGAAAUGAAUUAUCUCAAUGGAUUCCAUAUAAUUGAUGAUCAAGAUGGUAAUGUUUCUGUCACUUUUGAGCAUGCAUAUGCAUCUAUCUUAUGGUAUUAUGUCUUGUCUCCUCAAGGAACAAUAAUGGAAAUGUAUAGUGAUGACAGCAUGGAGAAUUGGGUGAUUACAUGGCAGAGUCAUAAAACUGAGUGUGAUUUCUAUGGAAAGUGUGGGGCCUUUGGAAUCUGUAAUACAAAAAAUUCACCAAUUUGUAGCUGUCUAAGAGGGUAUGAGCCAAGGAAUAUAGAGGAAUGGAGUAGAGGAAAUUGGACUGGUGGAUGUGUGAGGAAGAGACCAUUGCAAUGCGAGAUGAUAAAUGGUAGCAUGGAAGAGGGCAAAGCAGAUGGAUUUAUCAGGCUAACAACCAUUAAAGUGCCGGAUUUUGCAGAGUGGUCAGUUGCUCUUGAAGAUGAUUGCAAAGAAUUUUGCUUGAAGAAUUGUUCCUGCAUAGCUUAUGUAUAUUAUGCUAGCAUUGGUUGUAUGUCAUGGAGCAGGAACUUAAUUGAUAUACAAAAAUUCUCCAGCAAUGGGGCAGAUCUUUACAUCCGUGUUCCCUACUCAGAACUAGAUAAAAGUAGAGAUAUGAAAGCCAUUGUUACUGUUACAGUCAUUAUAGGAGUAAUUUUCAUUGCAGUCUGUACAUAUUUCUCAAGAAGGUGGAUUCCCAAACGAAGAGCAAAGAAGAAAAGCAAAGAGAUGCUAUUGUCAGACAGAGGAGAUGUGCAUCUAAAUGUUUCAGAUGGAAAAAUACUUGGACACAACAUUAACCAAGUUAAACUUGAAGAAUUACGACUUGUUGAUUUUUGGAAGCUAGUGACUGCAACAAACAAUUUUGAUGAGGCGAAUAAGCUUGGCCAGGGUGGUUUUGGUUCUGUAUACAGGGGAAGAUUGCCAGGAGGACAAGAAAUAGCGGUGAAAAGACUGUCAAGAGCAUCUGCACAAGGGCUAGAAGAAUUUAUGAAUGAAGUGGUAGUGAUUUCUAAACUCCAACACCGGAAUCUUGUUAGACUCGUGGGCUGCUGCAUUGAAGGAGAUGAAAAAAUGCUGAUCUAUGAAUACAUGCCAAAGAAAAGCUUGGAUGCCUUACUCUUCGAUCGUCUCAGACAAGAAACUCUAGAUUGGAAAAAACGCUUCAGCAUCAUUGAAGGGAUUGGUCGAGGUCUUCUUUACCUUCAUAGAGAUUCUAGAUUAAGGAUUAUACAUUGAGACCUAAAGGCAAGUAACAUUUUGUUGGAUGAAGACCUGAAUCCUAAAAUUUCAGAUUUUGGUAUGGCGAGGAUAUCUGGAGGCAAUCAGGAUCAAGCCAACACCAUACGGGUAGUUGGAACAUAUGGUUAUAUGUCCCCUGAGUAUGCAAUGCAAGGGCGAUUUUCAGAAAGAUCAGAUGUAUUCAGCUUUGGGGUUUUAUUAUUAGAGAUUAUAAGUGGGAGAAGGAACACUAGUUUUCAUCAUGAUGAGCAGUCUUGGUGCCUUUUGGGAUAUGCAUGGAAACUAUGGAAUGAACACAACAUCGAAGCACUAAUAGAUGGAAGUAUAUCAGAAGCAUGCUUUCAAGAGGAGAUAUUGAGAUGCAUACAUGUGGGACUGUUAUGUGUGCAAGAAUUUGUGAGAGAUAGGCCAUCCAUUUCAACUGUUGUUUCAAUGCUUUGUAGUGAAAUUGCACAUCUUCCUCCCCCAAAACAACCUGCAUUUACUGAGAGGCAGAUUGCUAGGGAUACAGAGUCCUCUGAACACAACCAAAAUAAUUGUUCUGUUGACAGAGCCAGUAUUACAACUGUCCAAGGCCGGUAGGACGCUGGCUCAAGUCAAUUUGUUGAUGUUUUGUAAUCUCUAUUGAACUUGAUGGUUUUAGUGUGGAAAAAUUUCUUGAUUUUUUGUAAUCUGUAUUGAACUUGACAGUUUUGGCGUGGAAGAUUUGAGCCUGUCAGGGUAGGGUUACAAGCAA